AUGAAAGAAAAGAUCAUGAGCCAGGAAAAACUGGCCAAGCUGCAGGCACAAGUGUGCAUUGGUGGGAAAGGAACUGCUCGCAGAAAGAAGGUGGUUCACAGAACAGCCACAGCAGAUGAUAAAAAACUGCAGUUCUCCUUAAAGAAGUUAGGGGUGAACAAUAUUUCUGGUAUUGAAGAGGUGAACAUGUUUACAAACCAAGGAACAGUGAUCCAUUUUAACAACCCUAAAGUUCAGGCGUCUCUGGCAGCAAACACCUUCACCAUUACAGGCCACGCCGAGACAAAGCAACUGAGAGAAAUGCUUCCCAGCAUUCUAAACCAGCUUGGGGCAGACAGUCUGACUAGUUUAAGGAGACUGGCUGAAGCUCUGCCCAAACAAUCUGUGGAUGGAAAAGCACCCCUUGCUACUGGAGAGGAUGAUGAUGAUGAAGUCCCAGACCUGGUGGAGAAUUUUGAUGAGGCUUCUAAGAACGAGACAAACUGA